AUGCCCUGACCCUGAAGCACCCGCACAGGAGAUUUUUAGUUACUGGGCACCAUAUAGGAGGGAGGACAACACGGCACAACCAGAGAGGCAAAGAGAACCGCCAAGUAUAGGAGGGAGGACCAGGGAGCCAGCUCGGAGAGCAACACACACGGAGACCGCCCUCUGGCCAUUUCCAUACCUCUAUCUCUGCCGCUGCUAUGCUCUCUCCUAGCUAGCUGAUCAAUCAGCAAGCAAGAAUAUACUGUGGAAUUAACAAACGUAGCAGCUCGAUCUAAUCUAAAGCAGCUAGCUAGCCAUGAUCCAUCUGAAGCAGCCUCUGACGCUCUCCGCGCAGAGCGGCAAUGUCGGCUCGACGCCGCUCUUCGCCACGGCGGCAGCGACGAGCAGCUGCCAGAAGAUCAGACGAGGAGCUCGCCGGCGAGCGGCAGCGCGCAGGACGAUCCGCUGCGCAUCAACCGAGCAGGCCGUCGGCGUGUCGACGGUGACGACGGAGAGGGCUCUGACGGUGACCGCCACCGUGACGGCGCAGGCGCCCAUCGGCGUCGUGUACGUCUCCCGCGGCAUCGACGAUCUCCAGGACCUCCUCGGCAAGACGCUCCUCCUUGAACUCGUCAGCUCCGAGCUCGACCCCAAGACGGGGAUGGAGAGGGAGAGGGUGAAGGGGUUCGCGCACAUGACCGUCACGGACGGGGUCUACGAGGCGAAGAUGUCGGUGCCGGCAUCGUUCGGGCCCGUGGGAGCGGUGGUGGUGGAGAACGAGCACCACAAGGAGAUGUUCAUCAAGGACAUCAAGCUCGUCACCGGCGGCGACGAGAGCUCCGCCGUCGCCUUCGACGUCGCCUCCUGGGUCCAUUCAAAGUUCGACAACCCUGAACCCCGCGUGUUCUUCACCGUCAAGUCGUACCUGCCGUCGCAGACGCCGCCGGGGAUCGAAGCGUUACGGAGGAAGGAGCUGGAGACGCUGCGCGGCGACGGGACCGGCGAGCGCAAGUUCCACGAGCGCGUCUAUGACUAUGACACGUACAACGACCUGGGUGACCCGGACAAGAACAUCGAGCACCUGCGGCCCGUGCUGGGCGGCAAGGAGCACCCCUACCCUCGCCGCUGCCGCACCGGACGCCCCAAGACCCUCUGCAGCCCGGAGACGGAGAAGAGGAGCUCGCCGGUGUACGUGCCGAGGGAUGAGCAGUUCUCGGACGUCAAGGGGCGGACGUUCAGCGCGACGACGCUGCGGACAGGGCUGCAUGCCAUCCUGCCGGCGCUCAGCCCGCUCAUCAACAACUCGCGGUGCUUCUCGCACUUCCCAGCCAUCGACGCGCUCUACAGUGACGGCAUCGCGCUGCCUGUCGACGUCGCCGGCACCUCCAUCGACGCCAUCGGCGGCGUCAUCCCGCGCGUCGUGCGCAUGAUCGAGGACACCACCGAGCACGUCCUCCGCUUCGAGGUCCCCCAGAUGGUCGAGAGGGACAGAUUCUCGUGGUUCAGAGACGAGGAGUUCGCCAGGCAGACGCUCGCAGGCCUCAACCCUAUCUGCAUCCGCCUCCUCACGGAAUUCCCCAUCAUGAGCAAGCUGGACCCGGCGGUGUACGGGCCGGCGGAGUCGGCGCUGUCCAAGGAGCUCCUGGAGAAGAUGAUGAACGGCACCAACGCCAUGACGGUGGAGGAGGCGCUGGAGGCGAAGCGCCUCUUCAUCCUGGACUAUCACGACGUGUUCCUGCCAUACGUGCACAAGGUCCGGGAGCUUCCUGACACGACACUCUACGGCUCCCGCACCAUCUUCCUCCUCACCGACGAGGGCACGCUCAUGCCGCUGGCCAUCGAGCUAACCCGGCCCCAGUCCCCGACCAAACCGCAGUGGAAGCGUGCCUUCACGCACGGCCCCGAUGCCACCGAGUCGUGGCUCUGGAAGAUAGCCAAGGCACAUGUGCUCACCCACGACACCGGCUACCACCAGUUGGUCAGCCACUGGCUGCGCACACACGCUUCCGUGGAGCCAUACAUCAUCGCCGCCAACAGGCAGCUCAGCCGGAUGCACCCGGUGUACCGCCUCCUGCACCCGCACUUCCGAUACACCAUGGAGAUCAACGCGCUGGCCAGGGAGAGCCUCAUCAACGCUGACGGCAUCAUCGAGGAGGCAUUCUGGCCUGGGAAGUACUCCAUCGAGCUCAGUUCCGUGGCGUAUGCUGCGACAUGGCGAUUUGACACGGAGGCGCUACCGGAGGACCUCGUCACACGGGGCCUUGCUGUGCGUGGGGACGACGGGGAGCUCGAGCUCACCAUCAAGGACUACCCCUACGCCAACGACGGGCUCCUCAUCUGGAACUCCAUCAAGCAGUGGGUGUCUGACUACGUCAAGUUCUACUACAAAUCUGACGAGGAUGUCACCGGAGACAAGGAGGUGCAGGCUUGGUGGGAGGAGGUGCGCACCAAGGGACACGCCGACAAGAAGGACGAGCCGUGGUGGCCGGUGUGCGACUCCCGGGACAACCUCGUGCAGAUCCUUACCAUCAUCAUGUGGGUCACGUCAGGGCACCACGCCGCCGUCAACUUCGGACAGUACCACUACGGGGGGUACUUCCCAAACCGGCCCACGGUGGUGCGGAAGAACAUACCGGUGGAGGAGAACAAGGAGGACGAGAUGAGGAAGUUCAUGGCCAGGCCGGAGGAGGUGCUCCUGCAGAGCCUACCAUCGCAGAUGCAGGCAAUCAAGGUGAUGGCGACGCUGGACAUCCUCUCCUCGCACUCUCCCGACGAGGAGUACAUGGGGGAGUACGCAGAGCCAGCGUGGCUGGCAGAGCCCAUGGUCAAGGCAGCGUUCGAGAAGUUCAGCGGCAGGCUAAAGGAGGUGGAAGGCACCAUCGACGAGCGGAACAACAACACGGACAACAAGAACAGGUGCGGCGCGGGGAUCGUGCCCUACGAGCUGCUCAAGCCGUUCUCAGGGCCAGGGGUCACCGGUAGGGGCAUCCCCAACAGCAUCUCCAUCUGAUUCCGGCUUCCAAGAUCAGGGAGCAUCGUUGCAUUGUUGUAUGUAGGAUUGGGAUUUGGGAAUAAGAUCCAUGUACAACAUGGACGUGCCUCCCGUGACACCGGGAGAGGCAUCUGCUACCGCUAGUAUGUUUCAGCCACUAGAAUGCCAUUAAUUGGUAAUGAAGAUAAUGAGGUCCUCUCGAAUGUU